UAAUUUAAAUGCAUUACAUUUUAUCUUAUUCCAACUUCCAAUUAGCGUCCCUCAGAACAACAAUGUCAGAAUCAAUCACUACCUUUUCUUCCCCACAACUUGAAAGAAAACAAACACGAUCAUGUCUUUCAACAACCUUAUUAGUCAUAGCUUUCUCAGUAACCUUAGCUGCAGUUCUCUACCAACUCGAACCCUUCGAACCGGUUCACUUUCCAUUCAGGGACAGGGAGUUACCCCGACGAACCUUAACUGCUCCCGCUGUCAACCCGCGCAUGCGGUUUGGUUCGGAAGUUGUAGUGGAAGGAAAAGUGGAUGGACCUGAAGACCUGGCUUGUGAUAAGAGGAACCGUCUCAUCUACACUGGCUGCGACGACGGGUGGAUCAAGCGAAUCACAGUGAACAAAUCGGUGUCUGACUCGGUUGUUAGAAACUGGGUUAACACCGGUGGAAGACCGCUUGGACUCGCUUUGGAAAAAACCGGGGAACUCAUAGUUGCUGACGCUGUAUUGGGGCUAUUGAGAGUGACAGUAAAAGGAAAGAAAUCUAAGGUUGAAGUUCUGGCGAAUGAAUAUGAUGGAUUGAAAUUCAAUUUAACAGAUGGAGUUGACGUAGGUGAAGAUGGAACAAUUUAUUUCACAGACGCUACGUACAAAUACAAUUUGAAGGAUUUCUAUUUUGAUAUUGCGGAACGUAAACCUCAUGGGAGAUUCAUGAGCUAUAAUCCAACAACAAAAAAAGUAACAUUGCUUGCACGUAAUCUCUACUUUGCUAAUGGAGUUGCUGUUGCACCAGAUCAAAAAUUCGUCGUCUACUGUGAGACUAUUUUGAGGAGGUGCAGAAAAAUUUACCUUCAAGGUCCAAAAAAAGGAAGAAUAGGCGAAUUUUGUCCCGAUCUACCCGGCAUGCCAGAUAAUAUUCAUUAUGUUGGACAAGGGCAAUAUUUCAUUGGAAUGUCAACGUCAAUAAGUCCUCAACGGCAUUUACUAUUAAGAUAUCCUUUCCUACGGAAAACUGCAGCAAUGGUUACAAAGUAUUUUACAAGGCCAGAACUAGAGAUGAAUGGAGGACUUAUGGUUGUAGAUGUGGCAGGAAGGCUAACAGGUCAUUACUAUGAUCCUCAAUUAUCACUGAUUUCAAGUGGGAUUAAAGUUGAUAACUAUAUAUAUUGUGGCUCCCUUUCUUAUCCAUUUCUACUACGUCUAGAUGUGGUAAAGUAUCCUGCAAUUCCCUCAGCAUGAAGAAGAAUAGUGAAAGUAUCACUCUCAGCUAUACUAGUUUUAUUUUUUUUUUAUAAACAAUGCUAUUAAUAACAGAGAACAAAUCAUUCUCAGAUCAAUACAAACUGUUGAAAUUGCUACAAAUUUCUAGAAUAUUCUAAAUAUAAUAUGUAUGAAAAUGGUAGAAUAUCCUAGAACUAAAGUGUAUAUGAAUAUGAUAGAACAAUCUAGAACUAUAGUGUGUAUGAGGAUGUUUCUAGAA